CCGACCGUAUUGCACCACAUUACAUAACGAGGUCAGAAGGUCGGGCAGAAUUAAUUUUCUCGUUUCUCCGCCUGUCCACGUGUGUUGCCGAGCGGCGUGAGUCUCUCAUCCAGAACGGAGAAGUGCCAAAUGAGCGAGAAGACAUGGGAAAGAAGAAAGGGAAGAGUAAAGCACAGGAUGAAGCCGGCACGUAAGUUUUUCACCGCAUCUCUCGUCACGUGGUGUUGUGUAAAGCGUGUGGAUUUGGUCUUGUGUGUAGGGAAGGGGCGGGAGACGCUGUGCCGAGUCCGGUUGUCGAGGAGAAGAUAAGAGAGGGAGGAGGAGAAACUGUAGCUCAGAAACUAGGAGGUGGGGGAGGGAAGAAGGGAAAGAAAGACAAAAAGAAGAAGGCACUGGACGAUGACUGGGACGAUAACUUGACAGAGAUAGCGGCCGAAGCUGGUCUGUCGGCGGAAACUGGAGGGGGGAAGGGUGAGGAACCAGUUGUCACCGACGGUCCCUCAGGGGGGGAGGGUGAUGUGCCACUAGGUGGUCACAGUGGUCCUGGUGGUAAAAAGAAGAAGAAACUGAGCGCAAUGGACUAUGGACUUGUUGGAGAAGAAGAGGACCAAGGGGAAGAACAGGAAAUGGAGGAAGGGAAGGAGGAAGCUGUGGCCGACCAGAAACCACAGACGGAACAACCAGUUGCUAGUGGCAGUGGUGGUGGAGGGAAGGGAGGGGGUGGGGGGAAGAAGAAACGAAAGAAGAAGGAUCAGAUGGACUGGGAGGACGAUAUAGAGAUGCUAGCAAGGGAGAUCGAGGGAGGGGCUGGAGGUGGUACGGACUCGGGACAACCCGAGAAGCCAACGAGCGGCUCCCCCAUUCUGGAACGGCACGGGGACCAACCAGACGAGAACGGAACAGAGACUGUGACAGGAGAAGGUGCCACGUCGUCGGCCGCAGGAGAACCAGAGACAGACACCAAGAUGGUAAAGACAAAGGCAGAGAAGAAAGCGGCAAAGAAGGAACGAGACAAAAAGAAGAAAGAAGCAGCGAAACAAAAGGAAAAACCAGCUGGUCCAUCUACAGAGCAAACGCCACAGACAGCAGCAGUAGAAGAAGAAACUGAAGCUGGAAAAGAAGAGAAAAUGAGGGCACGGAUAAUCUCGCACAAAGCGAGAAAAAGGAUCCGGAAUUGUCGGAGCAAGUCGGAGAUUUAGCAGCUGGCGAGGGAGUGGGGGAAGAGGAGGACGAAGAAGAGGGAGACGAAAAGAAGAAGAAAAAGAAGAAAAAGAAAAAGGCCGGCGGAGAGGAGGACAAGAAGAGCAAAACGAAAAAACCGGGGAAAUCGGCAAUUCUGAAGAUGAAGGAGCAGAUUGAGUUGAUCCGAGCAGAGCAAAAACGCCGGGAGGAAGAGGAGCGAGUGAGAGCGCUGGCCGAGGAAGAGGCCCGCCAAAAAGCAGAGGAGGAAGCUCGAUUAGAACAAGAGAGAAAAGAGAAGAGAAAGCAGAAGGAGAAGGAGAGACGCGAGAGGAGAAAGAUGGAAGGAAAACCAGUCACCAAGGCCGAGAGAGAGAAGCAGGCAAAAACUCUCGCGAUGCUGCAAGCAAUGAGGGAGCAGGGGCUGCAGAUACCGGCCAGAACUGCCGAGAAGGGAGAGGGAGGUGGGGGGAAGGUCCGGUACGGGUCUCGCCAGCGGACAAAGAAACAGCAUGUGGCGGGGGAAGGGUCGGCAAAGACAGAGGAGAUGGGGGCAGAGGAAUCGGCCGAGGUGACCGCUGCAGAGGAGAAAGAGGAGGAUGAGGGAGAGACCGAGCAGCAGCAAGAUAGCGAGGUAAAGCAAUCGUGGGAAGACGAAUCGGAGAACGAAGAACAAAGUGUGAAAGAUAAUUGGGAUGAUGAUGAGGAGGAGGGAGGGCAAGCCGCAGAGCCAGAGGGUCCAUCUCUGGGGUCAGAAGCCAAAGAGACUCAGUCGCCAGAGCAGGGAGAGGAAGGAGGAGUGGAGGAGGGACAGGAGGAAGAGGAAGGGAGCAGUGAGGAAGAAAGUAGUGAGAGUGACAGUGAAGAGGAACUGACACCGAUAUGAGAAGGCUGAACGGAGAAUAAUGGCACGGAGACAGAGGAACAAGGAGGGGAUGUCCCUGGACUAUUUGAGGUCGCCGGUGGUGUGUGUCCUCGGCCACGUUGACACGGGGAAGACAAAGAUCCUGGACAAGAUACGCCACACCAACGUCCAGGACGGAGAGGCCGGCGGCAUCACUCAGCAGAUCGGAGCCACGUUUGUCCCCGAGGAUGCCAUCAGGGCGCAAACCAAGAUGGUGAAGGAGUUUGUCAAGACAGAGAUCAAACUGCCGGGGCUGCUCAUCAUCGACACACCCGGUCACGAGUCGUUCAGCAACCUCCGCAGUCGCGGGUCCUCCAUGUGUGACCUGGCCAUCCUUGUCGUGGAUAUCAUGCACGGACUAGAGCCACAGACUCUGGAGAGCCUCGGACUGCUGAGGAAGGGCAACACGCCGUUCGUGGUCGCCCUGAACAAGAUCGACAGACUGUUUGACUGGCGACGGAUGCCGACAUCCAGCGUGAAGGAGGCGGUCAAGAAACAGAACAAGAACACAAAGGACGAGUUCGACGAGAGGGUUAAAGGUGUCGUCACGGAGUUUGCUGAGCAGGGACUGAACGUGGCGCUGUUCUGGGAGAAAGUGGACUUCACUGACUACGUCCCCCUCGUCCCGACGUCAGCCCACACAGGCGACGGAAUGGGGGACCUCAUAUCUCUCCUGGUCACCUACAGUCAGGGGGUCCUGGCGCCUAAACUCAUGCUCAGCGAGGAGCUAGAGGCUAUAGUGUUGGAGGUCAAGGUUAUUGCAGGACUGGGGACGACGGUUGACGUGAUCCUGCGAAACGGGAUCUUGAAAGAAGGCGACACUCUAGUUCUCACCGGAACGGAAGGUCCCUUCAGCACACAGGCAAGAGCUCUACUCAUGCCUCAGCCACUGCGGGAGCUGAGGGUCAAGAAUGCAUACGUGAACCACAAGGCCAUCAUAGCGUCCCAGGGAGUCAAGAUCACCGGCAAAGACCUGGAGAAAACGCUUGCUGGAACCCCCAUCUUUGUCGCCAAGAAACCCGACGAGAUUGAAGUGUUAAAGGACGAGGCGUCAAAGGUGGUGAGCAGCAUGCUGAGUGCCAUCAAGCUGCAAGAGAGAGGAGUCUAUGUCCAGGCCUCCACUCUGGGAUCACUGGAGGCUCUGCUUGCGUUCCUCAAACAGUCCAAGAUUCCUUACUGUGGUGUUAACAUUGGUCCGGUACACAAGAGGGACGUCAUGAAGGCCUCGGUGAUGCUGGAACACGACAGCCAGUGGGCCGUUAUUCUGGCAUUUGACGUGAAGGUGGAGAGAGAAGCGCAGGAAAUUGCCGACAAUGUUGGAGUCAAGAUCUUCACUGCCGACAUCAUCUACCAUCUCUUUGACAACUUCCUCCUGCACCGAAAGGAGUUGCAUGAUCGGCAGCGAAGACAGCACGAGGCCAUGGCCAUCUUCCCCUGCAAGCUACGAAUACUGCCAAACUGCGUGUUCAACACACGCGACCCCAUUGUGGUGGGCGUGGUCGUGGAGGCGGGGCUUAUCAAGAAAGGCACUGUCCUGACCAUACCCAGCAAAAGUUUUGUCGAUGUGGGAGUGGUGUCGAGUUUGGAGGUGAACCACAAGCAAGUGGACAUCGCACACAAGGGGGUGGAGGUCUGUAUCAAGAUAGAACCCACCGGAGGAGAGGCUCCGAAACUCUACGGACGCCAUUUUGACCACACCGAUCUACUUGUCAGCAAGGUGGGGACGAACCCUCUCUCUCUCACAGCUGCAAAUCAUCGUCCGUUUUCACGACACUCAGUAGCUCUCCUCUCAAUCUGUCUCUAAUUGUCAAUCGAAGCAAGCCAACCUGGUCGUCUGAAUUUUCCUGCACAUUUUCAUUUGCUUCCCAUAAGCCAUAAUAUUAUAGUAACUGAUCUCUGUUUCUGGUUCCCAGGUGACUCGGGAGUCAAUCGACGCCGUGAAGAAGUACUUUCGCGAAGACCUCCAAAAGGGCGACUGGCAACUGUUCAUUGAACUCAAGAAAAUAUUUCAGAUCAUCUGACAACGAUUGUGUCAUUUCUGUUCAACUCAAUAUUAUUGUAAGGCAUGAGUAGCUUAUUAUUUUACUCCAUAGGCUCACUACAUUAGUUAACUGUCAAAGACGCAUGCACCUACCUAAAGUCAACUUAAAUUAUUGCGCCCAAAGGCGGGUGCUAUGCUAUCAUAGUCAUUUCUUGUCAUUUCCUAUAUACUGCUUG